AAAGAUGACGACUAUGGAACUGAACGUUGACAACCUGAUCAGCCGACUUCUUGAAGUUAGAGGAUCCAAACCUGGCAAACCUGUUAAAAUGACUGAGGGGGAAAUCCGAGGACUAUGUCUGAAAUCCAGAGAAAUUUUCCUCAGUCAACCCAUUUUACUGGAGAUUGAGGCCCCAGUUAAAGUCUGUGGUGAUAUCCACGGUCAGUACACAGAUCUUCUCCGUCUAUUUGAGUGUGGGGGGUUUCCCCCGGAGUCAAACUACCUUUUCCUGGGGGAUUAUGUGGACCGAGGGAAGCAGUCACUAGAAACAAUCUGUCUUCUUUUAGCCUACAAAAUUAAAUACCCAGAAAACUUCUUCCUGUUAAGAGGGAAUCAUGAAUGUGCCAGUGUUAAUGUUCUGUAUGGAUUUCAUGAUGAAUGUAAAAGAAGAUUCAGUGUCAAGUUAUGGAAGACUUUUAUAGAUUGUUUUAACUGCUUACCUGUUGCUGCCAUCAUCGAUGAAAAAAUAUUUUGUUGUCAUGGAGGGUUGUCUCCAGAUCUUCAGUCCAUGGAACAAAUCAGAAGAAUCGUCAGACCCACAGAUGUCCCAGACACAGGUUUACUGUGUGAUCUUUUGUGGUCGGAUCCUGACAAAAUGGUUAAGGGCUGGGAAGAAAAUGAUAGAGGGGUGUCAUUCACGUUUGGUGCUGAAAUCGUCAGUAAAUUCUUAAAUCAUCAUGACCUGGAUCUUAUCUGUCGUGGUCACCAGGUUGUUGAAGAUGGAUACGAGUUCUUUGCCAAAAGACAACUAGUGACAAUAUUUUCAGCUCCAAAUUACUGUGACGAGUUUGACAAUGCUGCUGCAAUGAUGUCAGUUGACGAAUCACUCAUGUGUUCAUUCCAGAUACUUAAACCUGCAGGAAAGAAACAGCUCUACAACUAUCAAGGGAGACCGAAAACUCCUCCUCGACGGAAGUUCUGUGAUCUACAGGAAGUAAAUAAAGAAAAGAAAACUGAUAUCAAAGACGAUAGAAUGAAAGAGAAAUUUUCAUCACAGCUAUGA